AUGCAUGGUAGCUCCAGCUUUCUUGCAGAUGUUCACGAAGCAGCCGGAAAACCCAAUGGUUUGGUUUCGUUGCAGAAACAACUAAUUUCCAACAUUUUCAAGGGAAGAAAGGCCAAAAUUGGAGAUCUCAUUUGUCGUAAAAGAGUACUAGUUGUUCUUGAUGAUGUAGAUGACAUGGACCAAUUAAAUGCUUUCGGCAUAAUGCGAGAUUGGUUCCAUCCAGGAAGCAAAAUCAUGAUAACAACAAGAAGUUUGCAUGCCUUUGAAAAAAAAUAUCCCAAGGAAGGUUACUUUGGAGCUCUCAGAAAGGGUUGUACGUACACUAUUGUGAUGGGGGUCCUUUAG